UAUAGACGUCUGCUGCCGACAAGACUAGUCUGAAGCAAAAGUCAGCUAAACGGGCAAAGAAAAGCAAUGGCGUGAAAGACGCUGGAGCGGGCUCGCGACGGCCCUCGGUCGCCUCGGCUGACGCGGGGGGGUCGCCAAAGUCGUCGAAAACAACAGAGAUACCGCAGAAACCGGCGACGAGGUCGGCGGCAGAGAAAAUGAAACAAGAGGGCGCCGGCGAGUCGGAGGCGGAGAAGGAGAGUCCAAGUCGAGCGAACGAGGGACCGCCGAGCGACAACAAUGCGUCGCCGGGCAAACAACAGCAACAACAGCCUACUCCCUCAUCACAGUCCACGUCGCGACGCGAAUCGGCGGUUUUGUCAGAGAAAACCACGGGCGAAGGGAAGGAGGCGGUCGAGAACCUGUCAGAGUCCGUGAAGCAGGGCCAGCAGACGAUGCGCGAGCAUGAACGGCAGCAGCUGAUGAUGCUGCAGGAGCAGCAGCAGGCGCUCAUCCAGCAGCGUCUUGAGCAGCAGCAUCAAAUGGACCAGAACGGACGGGUGCGGUCGCAGUCUGUGCAUUCGGCUGAUUUGCAGGGCGGGAGUCCUGUCGGCUUAGCAGCAGCGCAGGCGCAGCCUUCGUUCCAGCCGGAAGCAAACUCACAGCAGCAGCAACAGCAGCAGGCGUAUCCGCCUUACUACCGGCAACAGCCAGGACAGGCGGGUGGUGGUCAAGCAUACUAUCCGCAACGAUCUUACCCGCAGCAGACCCCGGGCCAGCAGAUGUACGCGCAGGGCAACUACCCACAACCCGCGAGCCAGCAGCAGUUUGCAUACCCUCCUCAGCAGCAGGCAUCGCAGGGCUCCUACCUCUCACCUCAGACGCAGAGCGCGCAGGGACUGUACGCGCCGGGUGUGUCGCAGCCGUCGCAGCAGUUUGUCGCGCAGCAGCCAGCUGGAGGGUUCCAGCCGUCGCCGUCGCAGCAACACGCGCAACCCGCGCCCUAUAACGCACAACCUCAGACAUACCCGCCACCACAGUCUCAAACCCCCGCAAGUCAGAAAUCAAAGUCCAAGACGACAAAGCUGAAACAAAAGAAGCAGUCGUCCUCGCCGCGGGAACAACAACAGUCCUCAUCACAGCAACAGCCGUCGCCGGCCGAGCAACAGGCGCCGCCGCGGCUGCCGCCGAUCUCGCAGCUUUCGCAGCCGCCGGCGCCGAUGGCGCAGUAUGCGCAGCAAGAACAACAGAUGCCAGCGCGGCCUGCGGACCAGGGCGUGCAGGCGGCGCAGCAGUAUGCAGCGGCGUACCACCAGCCCGCGGGGGUGGGUCAAGAGCAGCAGGGGAUGAUGCAGCAGUAUGCGACGCAGCCGAUGACGCAGCAUCCGAUAUACGCGCCUGCAGCACAGCAGAGCCAGGCGGGGUAUUAUACGACGUACCGGGAUUCGAAUGAGCAGUAUGGAGCAGCUGUUGCUGGGACGCAGGCGACAGGGUAUCAGCCUUUUAUCGAUCCUGCUCUGGGCGGUGUUCGACAGGGCCAGCAGGCGCAGCAACUGAGAUACUUCCAACAACCAAUACAACCCAACAGCGCGCCUCCGAUGGUCCCAACUGACAGCCAAGUCCAAGCGCUUGCGCGCACGCCGCGGACGCGCAAGCGACAAGUGAACGGAGCCGAGAUGGCGGUAGUUGCGCCGGUGAUUGUGCAGCCUGUGCCGACGGGGGCGGCGAUCGCGAUGGCGGCGGCGGACGCGGUGAGUCCGUUGGAGAACGCGCUGGAUGACAAGCGGUUUGAGUGUAGCGAGUGCGGGCGCAAGUUUCGGCGGCGGGAGCAUUUGAAGAGGCAUAUUAGUACUCUUCACCAGCGCGACAAGCGUGAGUGUUUUUCUUUCCCCCUUUUUAUUCUAGAUGAGGGUAUCUGACAAUAUUGUUGAUGGACAGCAUAUGCGUGCGAGUUCUGCAGCCGACGGUUCUCACGGGGCGAUAAUUUACUGCAGCAUUCGCGGAUGCGGCACAGGUACGGACUCGAUCUGCGCGAUAAAGCACGCUUUGUUGGAGACUGAUUUGCUUACCGAGAAGCGUAGGUUGACGGCGACUACGAGGAGUUGAGAUGUGACGGUGUACGAUAGUGAGUGAGGGAGGAAGGGAGUGAGGAGGGGAGGUGAGGUGAGGGAGGAAGAGGAAGGGUGGAUGUAAUUGUUGGAAUGCAGAGAGUUGUUUUGUUAUGUUUUUGUGUUUGUGUUUUACUUGAUUGAGUUAAGUGUAAUAUAGGAUUCUCUCUUAUUCUCCCUGG